CGUCCGCUCGCCCGCUCUCCUGUCCCCCACAGCCCGCCAGCGGCUAGGACGACCAUGAGCGGCCACCGCCUCCUGCUGGAGAACGCACAACAAGUGGUGCUGGUGUGCGCCCGCGGCGAGCGCUUCCUGACCGGGUCGGCGCUGCGCAGCCUGGCGGUGCUGGAGGGCACCAGCCUGGUGGUGGGCACUGAUGGCCUUAUAAAAGCUGUCGGCCCUGCCGACAUUAUCCAAAGACAGUUUUCCGGAGAAACUUUUGAAGAAAGAAUUGAUUGCUCUGGGAAAUGCGUCUUGCCAGGUUUGGUGGAUGCGCACACACAUCCGGUGUGGGCGGGAGAAAGAGUCCACGAGUUUGCAAUGAAGUUGGCAGGGGCCACAUACAUGGACAUUCACCAGGCUGGAGGAGGGAUCAACUUCACGGUGGAGCACACACGCCAAGCCUCGGAGGAGGAAUUGUUCUGCUCCUUCCAGCAGCGGCUGCAGUGCAUGAUGAGGGCUGGCACCACAUUGGUGGAGUGCAAGAGCGGAUAUGGCCUCGACCUGGAAACCGAGCUCAAGAUGCUACGCGUAAUGGAGCGCGCCCGGAGGGAGCUGCCCCUCAGCCUCUCUGCCACUUACUGCGGGGCUCACUCAGUACCCAAAGGGAAGACUGCCGUGGAAGCUGCUGAUGACAUCAUCAGUCACCACCUGCCAAGGCUGAAGGCUCUCAGCAGAAAUGGGGAACUGCACGUUGACAACAUAGAUGUGUUCUGUGAGAAGGGCGUCUUUGAUCUGGAUACUACCAGAAGGAUUCUGGAAGGUGGAAAGAAGAUGGGGUUACAGAUCAACUUCCACGGGGAUGAACUCCACCCGAUGAAGGCUGCUGAGCUUGGGGCCGAACUGGGAGCACAGGCCAUCAGCCACCUGGAGGAGAUCAGCGACGACGGCAUCAAGGCCAUGGCUGCGGCUCAGUGUUCUGCUGUCCUUCUGCCCACCACGGCCUACAUGCUGAGGCUGAAGCAGCCUCGAGCCAGGAAGAUGAUAGAUGAAGGAGUCAUCGUUGCUCUGGGCAGCGAUUUCAACCCCAACGCGUACUGCUUUUCCAUGCCGAUGGUCAUGCACCUGGCCUGUGUGAACAUGAGGAUGUCCAUGCCAGAGGCCCUGGCCGCUGCCACUAUCAACGCGGCUUAUGCACUGGGAAAAUCUCACACCCACGGAUCUUUGGAAGUUGGCAAGCAGGGAGAUGCAGUCAUCAUCAAUGCAUCCAGAUGGGAACAUUUGAUUUACCAGUUUGGAGGCCAUCAUGAAUUAAUUGAUUAUGUUAUAACUAAAGGAAAAGUCAUCUAUAAGAAGCGAUAGAUCUGGACCAAUGAGAUGGCUCAGUGUGAUAAAUCUCCUGUCACCAUACCCCAUGGCCUGGGUUCAAUCCCAGGGCUCACGUGGUGGGAGGAGAGAACGUUUGAGAGUUACCCUCUGACCUCCACAUAUGCACCUGUGCACCAGACCCCUCCUCACCUCCACAGAAAUAAAUGUAAUAAGAUAAAAAUAUAUUUUUAAAAAUGAUACAACUGCAAAAGAAAGAUUUGAUACUUUGUAUCAAAUAGCUCCAUGUAAGAUAAAACCUUCCCAUACCUUGCCAGUACUAUGUCACUUAAACCUAAUCAUGUGACAGUAUUUUACUAUUUACCUGAAACCCCAAGGGACUGACUGACCUGUUAGACUUGAAUAUGUAUGCGUACCUGGAUGUGUAAACAGUUAAACCUCUCAGGGUAAAAUGUAGAGUUGUUUUUCAAAGAUUGACUAUAGAUCUUCUGAGAUGAACAUGCGGAGAUAGCUUGGAAAUUCCUUUGUGAGAGAACAAAACCUGGUCUGAGAGGUCUCUUCUGUUUCUGCAAAUGCUAUGCCCCAAUGAAGCCAACGGUACUAGUUCCUAAGAUGCAGACAGAGGCUUCUCUCUCCAGGGUUUGUCUCUUGAGAUGCUUUCUAGCUAGUCAGGGCCUUCUGGGGCAAAGAUGUCCUUCCAUUUUUAACAUCUUGUCAACCCUUGAAAUAAAGCUUCACCACAGAGUUCAAGACUUGAUAUCUUGCACAGAUAUGGAAAAUCUCCUCUAAGGACAUGUUUUAGUCAAUGCCAAUGAGGUCGUGCUAAAAAAGAAAUCUUUACAUUAAUUUUUUUUCAUAUCACAAAGUCAUGGGAAAGGUUUUAUAGUUCUCAAUAAAUAUUUGCUGUUAUUCCCAUUGUUGCCUGACAACCCUGAAAGUGGAUCAGCAGUAUU